AUGACUGAUCAGAAAAGCAUCCAGAUCCCAGCCAGCCGGUAUGAUCUAGACACAUACUGGGGCCGUGUGCGGCAGGCAGCAGAAGUUUCGAACCCGCUGACAUUGUUCAACUCGAACGAGACUAUUCGCCGCGCCCAGCGCAUUUUGGCGGAGUGCUCAGCUGGUCAGCGCCCACUAAACGAGGAAGUUUGGAGCGCUAAAAGACUUGUGGACUCCUCGGUACAUCCGGAUACCGGAGAAAUCGUGACCCUUCCUUUUCGCAUGUCUUCGUAUGUGCUUUCCAACUUGGUUGUUACGGUGGGCAUGCUAACGCCGAAUCUGGGCACUGCUGGGACUCUUUUCUGGCAGGUGGCUAACCAGAGCUUGAAUGUGGCUGUUAACUAUGCAAACGCCAAUAAAUCUAGCCCUCUCUCUACCUCACAGCUAAUCACCAACUACGUGCUAGCAGUUUCGGGAUCCUGCUCGGUCGCAGUUGGUCUGAAUUCCCUGCUUCCUAGAAUCAAAAGCCUCUCGGUAGGCACAAGAGCACUACUCUCGCGACUAGUUCCUUUCGCUGCGGUCGUGUCUGCAGGAAUGCUCAACGUCUAUCUUAUGCGUCGCCAGGAAAUUGAGAAUGGCAUCACCGUGUUUGAAGAAAAGACUAAUAAACCUCUCGGGAAAUCACGCACGGCCGCUAAGAAGGCUGUUUUCGAAACUGCAAUCUGCAGGGCUGUCACAGCAAUGCCGGUAAUGGUUGUCCCUCCUUUGGUGCUGUACCGAUUGCAGCAAGGUGUACUCAAGAAUAAAUCCAUGCGGGCAGUUACCGCCGUAAACUUAGGACUGAUUGCAACCGUUUCGUUUGCGAUCCUGCCAUUCACUCUGGGCAUUUUUCCCGCAAAAACACAUAUCAAUGGCUCUCACCUCGAAAAAGAGUUUGCCAAUAAACGUAUUUGGUACAAUCGAGGUUUGUAA